AUGCCUAAGCACAGCAAGGUGACCCAGAGGGAACAAAGUACUGAGCAUGUCACUGAAUCAGUGGCUGAUCUGCUGGCCCUUGAGGAGCCUGUGGACUAUAGACAGAGUGUCUUAAAUGUGGCUGGAGAAAAUUGGAACAAGCAGCAGGAUGUGGAUGACACUGGUGAGGAUCGGCCAGCGUGGAACAAUAAACUGCAGUACAUUUUGGCUCAGAUUGGCUACUCCGUGGGGCUGGGGAAUGUCUGGCGCUUUCCGUAUUUGUGUCAAAAGAAUGGUGGAGGUAAGUGAGCAAGGGAGUAUAAAAGUCAUCUGUUAUGGACACGUGUUCUGCUUUCCUAAUAUAAUAAUACAAGAGGAAAGGAGCAUAGGCUUGAAGGCCAUAGGAUGCUAUCUCAAACUGAGGCAGACAAUACAUAGUACUGACCAUGCUGACUGGUAGUAACCCUCUAGGUUUCAGACAGGAUCCUUUUCUGGCUCUUCCUGGAAAUUCUGGGUAAAUCAUGUGCUCAAGCAUUAAGCUAUGGCUUUCCCUUCAAUGGAUUGUUGUAGUCACUAGUCUGCAUGAUCACGCAGCUCAUUAAAGAGUUAAAUGAAGAACUGUUAUCCUGAAUCUUAUGACACGUUCUAAGUUUAUCUAUUCUAUACAAACCAAGACUACUCCUCCACCACGCUCAGCAAGUCUCCUUUCUUGCUUGAUAGUGUGCAAGUAUUAUUUACCUGGUCAUCUUGAGUUUAGCUAACAAUUUGUGAUGGUGAAAGGCUGCCAUUAUUCUUGGACUGUGUCUUUUUUUAUAACAGCCAUGUAUUUUCCUUGAUUGUGCACUGCAAAUCCAUGCCUGAACCACACUGAACCAUUAUUAUCUCAAAAUAUGUGAAUAUAUAAACAAGCCCUUGCUACAAAAGGCAUUCCUCUAUAGCUUGGUAAUAAUUUUCACAAAGUUGAACUCAGCCAACUCUUCUAUCUGUUUGAAUUUGCCCUAGUUGAGCUGAUUAUGCACUGUUAAUUUAUUUCAGAUUUACAGGUUGUGCUCUAUUUCCUAACAAAUUUGCUUUCCAUGGUGUGAUUCUUGCUCUCUGUGACAUAGGAUGAUAAUAUUCCAUUAAUCUUUUCCUUUUUUUUAGCCACCAAGUUGCAGGAAAAGCAGAUUAAAGGCAUAAUUGCAAAGGAUGACUGUGUAAGGCACAUUGCCCUUUGGCUGGCUGCACAGAUAGAGGUGACAACUGGUGUUUUCCCUCCUAUCAAGUGCUGAGUCUUCAAUGUGGUCAAUAGAACAUUAAAUGAAUGGUUGUUGCACUUUGAAGGCUUACCUGCUUUCUAUUAAGCAUAUGCUUCCUGGAUUAUCCAUGGAUGAAGCAAAGUGCUGGCUGAGUAUCAGUUGGGUGUAAUGCUACAGAAUGGAUUAUUGAUAGAUAGAUGCUUUUGUGAUAAAUGCAAUUCAUUGGUUGAUAAUGUCUGUAUUGCUUCUUGGUUCAGCAAGCUUUUUCUGCUAAAAAAUACUGCUGUAUGUGAAAGUAGUAAUUUGUGUGUUGUUUUCUUCUCAGUAAUAAAGUGUGCAUAUGUCUAGCAGAGAGAACAGAUUUUCAUUAGGAAAAGGGUGGUAUUGGGCCAAUUCUUUGGAACAUUGUGUGCUCAAGAACUUACAGGAUGGUGCUGCAUGGGUUGAAUGCUUUCUUGAAAGCUGAACACCCAGGUUAGGGUUGCAGACGGGAACCUUCUAAUUGUACCUAUUAUCUAGUUACAAAACCUGGUUUCCCCAUUAUGUGUACUGAUGGCUACUGCGUGCCCUAAAUGUGUAGGAAGCGCCUGAGUUCUCUCUCAGCUGACUUGUCUGUCUUUGGAACUGGAGUGCAUUGCUUUGUUAGUGUAUAUGGAAUUUUGAAAGCCAUUGCCUAUUGGGGUCACCAGAGUCAGAGUCAAUGACAUAAUCAAAGACAAGGCAGUUCCAGGUUCCAGGGAAGGAGGUAGACAAGGACUAGAAGCAGAUGACUGGGUCAAGAGGCCCCAGACUAGGCAGAAAAAAAGUUUGAGGCAAGGGAGCUGGUGUGGCUGCUCAGGGAGGCAACUUCUUCAGGGUAAAGAACCAAACCUGUCAACAGUUACAUAGAACCAGCCAGGCCCUUACUGGUUCCUCUGACCUAACUUGGUUGGAGAGCAGCCAUGCUGUCUCUGACCAGGACUGGCCCAAUAUAUUUUGCUGCCUUAGGCAAAGGACAAUAUGGCACCACUCCAUUUCCCAGAGAGAAGCUGACUGGACUGGCGGUACUAGCAAUGGAGUAGUGUUCGUCAUAAUUCCUGAAGGCAGCAGGGUAGAGAAAGGGCUUUGCCCUCUAACAGAAAGCACCACGAAGACUAAGCCAAUCACUCACUUCUUCUGCUGUCUAAAUUACAUGAGAUGUGAAGGUACAUGUUUAAAUAAGAGUCUUCAGUCUGGCUGCUUUUUCUUUAAAAUAAAAGGGGCCCUGAUCCAGAAUGCACUCCUCAUCCAGGUCAAGGCCCUGCUAAAAAAACCACCAUUAACUGUUUGCUCUUGGUCUCCACAGUUUCUGUUUCUUGGUAUGCUGUGAAAUGGUUGGUUUUCUUUAUUCUGUUUUGAGGUCUUUUUCAUAUUUAUUAAUAUUAUUAUGAGCCCUGCUGGAAAUUAUUUUAAAUAGUGCCGUGGAGGAGUUUUAUGCUGAGUACUGAGUUUGAGUUUAUGGUAGCUUGUGCUAAUAGUGGUUGCUUUCAGAGCCCUGAAAUGCUUCGGGAGGAAAGGUGAGAUAAUAAUAAUAAUAAUAAUAAUAAUAAUAAUAAUAAUAAAUUAAUUGUACCUAAGACCUUUUUCUAAAGGGGAAAAAAGAAACCUGGCUGUCAUUUGCUUUGAUCAGAGUCUUCCAGUGGAUUCUUGUCAGGAGCUGACCCAGUUGUGUGAAGGAUUUUUAUAUCUUUUUGAGAAGCUGUGAGUUGUGUCAAGAAUUAACUUGGUGAUGUUGUGCUGGGUGCACUUAAUCAUUUCCAGCCUGCUUAUCUGACUACCCUGAAUAUGAAGCAGGAUCAAAAUCCUGCCUACACAGCUUUCCUGUCUUAUUAGAAUUAUGAACGUGCCAGGAAUAUUGAUUUUUUCUUUUUCUUUGAGUUUUUGGUCAACAGCUCUGUUUUCCAGCAUGAACGUUUUUGGCCUCUCUGGCCAACUGUUUAUAUUUCUCAGACUGCCCGUUUGUUUCGUACUCUCUUCAACUAGCCAGAGAUAUAUGGCCCUGCUAUUUAAGUAGAGUCCUUUAUGCAGCAUUUUCAUCCAGCCCUUCCAGGAAUUGUUCUCUUUAAUUGCAUAGUUGGCACUGGAACAGCCAUUGUGAAGGCAAAAAAUAACCACACUGUAUAUACAUUUAUAUAUGGAGUGUUAAAGUGAUCCUGUGUGUUGUAGUUGUAUUAACCUCUCCCUCUAUUGUCACGGCACCAUUUUAAAUUAAGAGACUUGCUUCAAAUAAUGUUUAGAGACAAAUGCUAACUGGAGCUGAUGAGAGUUGGAUGGGCCAUACAAGUAAGAAGUGGUUGUCUCCUAGGAGCAGUCAUGGUCACCUUCUCAUGCUGGGACCUGUGUGAUCAAAGACGGGCAUCUCUAAUGACCUUUUUCUUUCCUGCCAGGUGCCUAUCUGGUUCCAUAUCUCGUAUUGCUCAUCCUCAUCGGCAUCCCUCUCUUCUUUCUGGAGUUGGCUGUUGGCCAGAGGAUCCGCCGGGGCAGUAUAGGAGUGUGGAAUUACGUCUGCCCUCGGUUGGGGGGCAUUGGAUUUGCCAGCUGCCUUGUAAGUGCUUGCAGAAGGCUUGUGGUGGCUUUGGGAUAGUUGUGUGAAUGAUAGACAGGUGGUCUUCCAUAUGUGCUGUCUAUCAUAAUAGACCCAUUUCCCACUGUAAAGAGGGCUUAGUUAUUGCAGAAUAUAAUUAGAAGAUACUAGCCUGUGAAGGUGGUUGGUUAGAAGCUCAAGACUGAUGCCUUGAACAGUUCUUUCCCCCAACUAUGGAACAGGAUCAGACAUUUACCAUCAAGUUCUGAUUUCCUUUGAUUUCCUUUGAUUGGUCCUAUAUAUAUCUGAACUGAAAGGACAUGCCCUUCAAGAAUGUGCCCUAACUGAUCCAUUGUUCACACCUGUCAAAACAAACCUCUUUGUAGUUUAGUCCUGAUGAUUCACUCUGCAGAGGGUCAAGUGAUGGGCAGGUGGGUGCUAGCAAAAAGACCAUUUCCCCUCUGGGAUUGAUACUAGAACUCAAGCUUAGCACCACAACUCACUCAUGCACCCUAAGCACCAUUGUGCCAUUCAGCAUCUUAUAUAAACUGCUGGGAUGACAACCAAAGCCCCUUGAUUGAUGUGGAUCACCUGUGCAAGAGCAACACUGCUUCCUUGAUAUCUGGCAAUUUUACGGGAAACAAUCACUGGACAUGCCCACAUCACAGGACAGAGCAGAUUUUGAGAAUGCAUGGGGAGAUGAGGGGAAAGAGAAGUCCCAUUGCAUAGCAUUGGAUAUAACCCAGUGCAUUUCAAUAUUCCAUUCUCCACCAUUCAUUUUAGUAUCACUUUGUUUGGAAAUACGUUUUGCUGUCCAGGAUCCAAACAUUUUUAUUCUCCUGUUGCCAGGUCUGCUUGUUUGUUGGGCUCUACUACAAUGUGAUCAUAGGAUGGAGCAUCUUUUACUUUUUUAAAUCCUUCCAGUACCCGCUGCCUUGGAGCGAGUGCCCCGUCAUAAGGAAUGGCACAGUGGCAAGUGAGUCCUUUCUCUUUACUGCUUUGCAUGUGGUAGAAGGGAAAUGAGGCACACUUCUUUGGGUGAUAAACGGUGUUCAGCUCUGUGACUGUUGUCCUUCCAGAAUCUUAUAAUUCAGAUGUGAUAGUUGCUGCAGAAGUAAUCAAUGUUAGCUGAUACCACGUAACACAGAUGGGUGGAUGCAUUCAUUUAUCCUUUUCCAUCAUUGUGGGUCCCAAGGAGAAAUAAGUCUUCAUUUGCCCUGUACUCUGUAGUUACUAUAUAGUUAGGUAAUUCAACAUUACUUUCUCUAGGGGUGUUGAGAGUAGUGGCAGAGAACGACCUUCCAGUCAAAACUUAACAAUAGCUCAGGUUUGUUUCCAGCUGAUAGGGUGUGGGAAUUGCGUUUGGGCAUUGGUUGGCAGGAAAUGGAUACUUUCCAAAGAGUGCUAUAGAGACACUCUGGAGGUUAAUGGAGCAUUUAAUAGAAUGUGAACAUCUCCCAGAAUAUAUAUAAAUCUUUUAUAGUGGGUGUAAAUUGCUCCAUUUAUUUAACUUUUAGUUUCAGUGGCAAGAUCUUGAAUUCUUUUUCCUUUCUCCUAAUGUGAACUUCGGCAUCCUUCCUGAAGUGCCCUAUGAAUACUUGUCUCUCCUACUUAGCCUUUAAAUGCUGCCUUGCUUGCUGUGGCACAGGUGUGUCUAAAUGAGAAGUCAAAGCAUGUAAAAAAACAACAACUACAUAGCUUUUGUCCCUUUUCAGCCGUGGAACCAGAAUGCGACAAAAGCUCUGCUACUACUUACUUCUGGUACCGGGAUGCCCUGGACAUCUCCGACUCCAUUAAUGAGAGUGGUGGGCUUAACUGGAGAAUGACUUUAUGCCUCCUGGCAGCUUGGAGCAUUGUAGGCUUGGCCAUGAUUAAAGGCAUUCAGUCUUCAGGAAAGGUAAGUGUUGAUGGUGGCAGCCCAAAGCAGAACAGAGAUUGCCAGAACCUACAACAGGUGGACCCACUUAUAAAGUGGUGGAUCCAGGGGUGGGAAACCUGUGGCUCUCCAGAUGGUGCUGGACUACAGCUCCCAUCAUCCCUUCCCAUUGGCCAUGUUGGCUGGGGCUGACAAUGUCUGGAGGGCCACAGCUUCCCCAUCCCAGACCUACAGGUUACAGAAGACAAUAACUGCUGUUUGGGGUUCUACAAUCUUGUAGCCAGGAACAAAGUGUUCAGCAGCUUCCACACACCCUGAAUGGUUCAUGGGGCCCAGGUAACCACAAUGGAAUAAAAAGCUAAGAAAAAGGAAAGGGUGAACACUUUUUCUUCCCAACCACCUGGUCUAGGAGGGCUUGCUCCAUUUUGCUUGGCCUGUGCCUCAGAGCAGCCACCUGAAAGUAAGAAUAACAUGUGAGAGAGCCCAUAAUUGAAUGAAUGAAGUCAGCAGUACCCGAUAGCAAUCACAGGCACAGCUUCCUCUCUUUUGGGAUACAGCUGCUCAGUUUACCUAUCUUAGGGCAUAUCCACAUCAAACCAGUUAGCAGUCACUUAUUUCCCCAUGGAGAACCACAGGAAUUGUAGUUCUGUUUGGGGAGAGGGCUCAGGAUCUCUAACAGUGAAUUCAUCAAAGUACCACAUUGGCCUGAAUAUAAGCCACACCCAAAUAUAAGCCACCCCUUUAAAAUUGGGGGGGGGGUACCCAAAUAUAAGCCGCUCCCUUCCUCGCUGCUCCUUGCUGCAUACUGGCGGAGGGGGAGCCGUGCUGCCUUGCCAGCAGCCUUUCCCCUUCCUUGCUCUCUCCCUUCCUGGCCUUGGGGGAGUGGAUGGGGAACUACACAUGGGGCAGGCACCACUUUGCCGUGCUCCUGGCGUCAUUUGCCCCAUGCUCCUAGCUGCAUACCGUAUGGUCACGAAUAUAAGCCGCACUUUAACUUUUCACGGUUGGAAUUUGGGCAAAAAGUGUGGCUUAUAUUCAGGCCAAUACGGUAUCUCACCAAACUACUGUUCCCAAAUUCUUUGUAGAAAGAAGAAAUACUGACAGAAGUUUCCAGUAGGGUAGAUUUGGGCUUAUUGUUCAUCCUUAAGACUUUCUUUAUAUACUGCUGGAUUAUAUGAAGUAGGAUCUCCCGCUUUCUCUCCCUCUCCCACUCAGGUGAUGUAUUUCAGCUCCCUUUUUCCUUACGUGGUACUGAUCUGUUUCCUGGUCCGGGGAUUGCUCUUGAGGGGGGCGAUAGAUGGGAUUCUGCACAUGUUCACUCCCAAGGUAAGCCCACCACACUCACCAUGUGCCUUUAGACCAAUCAGAGAAAUGUCUCUUACUGGGAACUAUAGCUAGCAAGAAUCCUAUGUCUCUGGUGAUCAUCACAAUCCAUGGCCUAUGUUGAACUGAUGCCUCUGUGGCGCUGCCUGGAUGGCACCAGAGCAGAGCAAAUUUUACGAAGGUAUAGGUGUUGCUUUUUUAGUCAAUGGUGCUACUUCCUCUGAAACUGAAAUGCAGAAGAUUAAUUGCUUUGGGCGUGCCAGUCCAGGUCUGCUUCAUUAUUCUUCCUGCUUGUGGUCAGAAUUGUACCAAAUUAACCAGGUUUGCCAAAGGACAGCUGCAAAAUGGAUUGACUCAUUAGCUGUUUAAUUAAUUCAUUAAACAAAGAUGUAGGUGAUUGAAAUUAUGAAGCUGGCAUUAAUCCUGAUUAAUUUUGAAUAAGAGAUUCUAAAAUACAAGCCCCAGUGUCCAAGUUCUCAUUGUAGGUAGAAUGAUUAGCAACCACACAGCUUCCAUUUGCAAUACUGUGCAGGCCCUGUCUGUAAAUGGCAUCCCAUCAGGUUUGUCCAGAUUCUUGGCAGCAGAAGGUCCCACCGGUAUCACACUACACACGAUCAGCAUGCGAUGGAUGCUUUAGCUGAGAUUCCUGCAUUGCAGGGGGCUGGACUAGAUGGCCCUUUGGGUCCCUUCCAACUCUACAAUUCUAUGAUUCUAAUUUGGUAGGGCUCACUUGCCAUGCCACAAACCAUGGUGGAUUGAAAGGGAGUAAAGUGCUUAAUAGUUUGCUAGUACAUUAGUUUGCAGAGAGCACUUGCAUAGCUUGCUAGCAUAAGUGUGACUAUCCUGUGCAGUCUAUUAAGUGCGUUCUGUAAGCAGCAAUCCUUAAUCAAUAAGGUUAAUCAAGCUUUUCUUGAUAAAGGGAUGGGGCUAAUUCUAACGGGCAUGGGUCAUUUUGAAACACUGUUUGUUUUUUCUCAACUUUCAUUUGGACACUACCUGUGAUUUCAAGCUUUCUUCCAUAGGAAUCAUAAGGGCUAGUGUUUUUUGUUUUUGUUUUGUUUUUCUCUUUUAAAAGAUUGUGACAUUUUUUCAGGGCAUGAUAUUCCAUGCCUAACUGGGUAAGCCCACAAAGUGCACAGGCAGUAAAAAAUCUAAAAUGCAAUGAAGAAUAGGGCAUUCACAGUUCUGCAUCUGAGAUCCAUUUAUUUCCAUGGGACCUGAUUCCCUUUCUGUUGUGCGCUUAGGCAUCAAUAAUUGAGUCAACAGAGGAGAAAGAUAGAGAGCUGUCUCUAGCAUAUACACAAAGAACAGAUACCCAGGCAAUGGUGUGCUGUUCUCAGCUGCCAGUGUUAUACAUUUAAAUAUAAAUGUGCCAUAUGUGUACCAAGCCGAGUAUCUCUGAUGCAGGAUGGAUGACUUGGCUUCCCUCUCAUCUCUCCUUACAGCUAGAUAAAAUGUUGGAUCUCCAGGUGUGGCGGGAAGCAGCCACUCAGGUCUUCUUUGCCCUUGGACUGGGCUUUGGCGGAGUUAUUGCUUUUUCCAGUUACAACAAGCAGGACAAUAACUGCCACUUCGAUGCAGCCUUGGUCUCCUUCAUCAACUUCUUCACCUCCAUUUUGGCCACACUGGUAGUCUUUGCUGUGCUGGGCUUCAAAGCCAAUGUCAUGAAUGAAAAGUGUGUGGUUGAGUAAGUACUCAUUCCAGUCUCUCCCUCCCUCCCUCUCCCUUUCUCUCUCCCCAAAAGGCUUCUCUAGAGGGCACAACCACAGCAGCUAUUUUUCAGGGUACCUUAUAGUUACUUUUAAAAAAGCAUCCAGUGCAGCGGGUGCAAUUCUGUUCUGGCCUGAAGCUUUGAUAGCCAGAAACUGUCGUUUCCUUCUGGCCAGGUGGUAACCUAGAGUGCUCUCUGGAACUAGGAAAGCAGCUUUUCACCUUAUUAUUUUUGCAGAAUGUGCUGUGAAGUAAUUGGACUAAAUCCUGCCACUUCAUUCAUUCAUUCAUUCAUUCAGUAUUAUUCAUUCAGCUCAUUCCUUCACAAUUUUCUCCCCUCCAUUUUACCCUCACGACAACCCUGUUAGGUAGGUUAGGCUCAGAGACUGUGACUGACUCACCCAGUGAACUUCAUGGCUGAGUGGGAACCAGAACCCUGGUCCCUCUGGUCCUAGUCUGACUUUCUUGAUUAACCACUGCACCACACUGGCUCCCAUCAACUGCUGGGGUUCAUUUUUCCUGUUUUGCUGGAAGAAGAUGCCCUUCACCCAGAACAAGGUGAGCAAGGCAAGGCAAUGGCUCUGUAAUGACCUUUAGCUUCUCCUCCAUAGGAACGCUGAGAAGAUUCUUGGUUAUCUGAAUACCGAUGUCCUCAGCCAUGCACUCAUCCCACCCCAAGUGAACUUCUCCCAUCUCACGGCCAAAGACUACACCGAGAUGUAUGGUGUGAUAAAGACAGUGAAGAAGGAUCAUUUCGAUAAGCUGGGCCUGGAUCCUUGUCUACUGGAAGAUGAGCUUAACAAGGUAUGUUUAUAGCCAGACUUGCUUUUCACAGUAUAUUUAUAGCUGGGCUUGCUUUUCAUGGUCAUUUUCGACCCUAGAUGCUGGUUCCGCUCUUGUACAUCAUUGAAGUCUCAGAGCGAGCCAACUUGCUUGGGAAGAGCACAUGGUAGAGCUCUCUUGGGAUUGUACCACUUCUGCAUGGUGCAAGUGGGGGAUCUCAUGCUCAUAUGCACCCCAUUUUCUUGUUAAAAAACAACCACCUCUCAUUGCAUAUAGAAAAUUAACACCUUGCAUAUAGAAAAUUAGCAUAUUAGGGAGAAGGCUAAGGCAGAAAGCUUGUGAUUUCUGUUUAAGAUCACUCUUGGUUGCAGUUCUUACCAUGUGCUGAUGAAGACUUCACUGACAUAAGGAAUAAGGAAUUGAAGUAUGUCAAAAUCAUUGCAAGAAUUGAGCUUGUGAGAGGUGGCCGACUAUAACAGUGUUAUGGAACAGAUGUGUUUGGGUGGUAUGAAUAGUAGAGCCUAUGUUUCAUAUGCUGAAGUUCCCAAGUUUAUUCCCCAGCAUCUCCAGGUGGGGGUGGGAGUGUCCCUUGUCUGAAAACCUCAAGAGCAUCUGUAUAGACAAUGCUGAGCUAGAUGGACUAUUGGUCUGACUUGGUUUAGGAAAGACUCCUGUCUUCCUGAGAUUACUGAGGGAGGGGAAACUGAGAAAUGAAUACAUCAUGUAAUUUCUAUGGGAUACAUGCAUUGAAAAGUCACAACUUUCCAUGACUUCUCAGAACAUGUACAGAUGUAGUGAAACAGAUGCUUGUUCAAUCAUUUGUAUGCAUUAUGCAUCAUUUUCCUUAUACCCACAAUGGUUUGGCUGUUUGGUUCUGAGAGCCUGUGAUUCUACAGCUAGAAAUCUAUUUACAUGAAUACAUGCACACCUGCUUUUAUGAUGUAAUCUUCUGCCCAGAAUAACGCAAGCAUCUUCUUUUGGCUGUGUACAGUCAGUGCAGGGAACUGGCCUUGCAUUCAUAGCUUUCACAGAAGCAAUGACCCACUUUCCAGCUUCUCCUUUCUGGUCAGUGAUGUUCUUCUUGAUGCUGAUAAACCUGGGUUUGGGGAGCAUGAUUGGGACCAUGGCUGGCAUCACCACACCCAUCAUUGACAUGUUCAAAGUGCGCAAGGAAGCAUUAACAGGUAAGUUCUCUCUUGGGGAAACUCAGGAAACCAUUCACAGAGUAGCACUGUUGUGCAUGCAAUGACAUCAUUUAGUUCUGGCCAAGACUUGUGCUACAAAAUACGUUGCUGGAUGGGAUCAAACUGUAAUUCUUAAAAGUCAUGGCGUAACAUCAGAACUGAAAUAUAUUUGCUGUCCCCAAAAAGAGCAGAGGGAUUUGGGGGUUAAGGGGUGCCUGUCAACACUGGAAAGCUCACACACUGUGAUAAUGUGGCAGUAUCUGGGGAACUGAUAAUUUUGGGUCAUUUCAUAAGACCAAACUGUGGAGGGUUUAUGGGUGAGUAGAUCUGGGCUGAGUUUGGAAAGUUGCAAAAUGAUUUUGUGAUUAUUUCAUCAAACCCCCACAUUUAUCAUACCACUACAAAGCUGAUCCAAAUGGCUGCUAGUAGCAUAUUCACCGUGCAAUCCAAGAAUGCUUUGAUUACUUCAAAGUAAAUUACAGUGGUUUCAAUGGAUUGUAGCCCAAAUGUGCCUCGGGUUAUGAAUUGAACACUUCACUGCAUGCCAAACUCUGGUAGAAUCAAUUCAAUGCACAUGUCCAAAUUAGCAAGCUAUGUAAAACCCAAUUAAGCAACGCAGGGUAUGAAGCACUGGUAACGAAUUCCAUUGCAGUGACAAAAGCAAAAACCAGCAUUUAAACUCAUCAUUCAAAGCAUCCACAUCUGAAGCCUGAUGUGAGCCUUGCAGUCAGGACCUAUCAUUUCUGACAAGCUCAGUAAAGUUAAGUUAAGGGGUGUUUCUGAGGUAUAUAGUACCUUCUGUGAUCUCCACAUGCCUACCUGCCUAGAUACUUGCAGAUUGGUAUGUAGCAGAUUUUGUUUUACAUUUCUCUAAAGAUUACAUUGCAUAUUAAAAGGUUAAGAGCAAUUUAUAGGGCACUCCUAUGAAUGUUUGCUUAGAAAUAAGCCACACAGUGUUCAAUGGAGCUUAAUCUCAAAGAAGUGUCGAUAAGAUUGCAACCUUAAACUUUUAAAUAGUGAAAUCAAGUACUUAAAAUUCACCGAAACCAAAUGUUGUGCUUGCCUUAACUCUGUUUCCCCAUAGUGGCCAGUUGGGGCUUCUACACUUAGGAUAAAAUUUCUUGCAUAGAAGCCACAUGUGGAAAGUUGGGUGAAUUCCACAUAUAGCUUGUCACACAUGUCUGUUUUACCAUGAGUACCAAGUACAGGAGGCGCCAGUGGUGGCCUACUUUUGUAAGGCAUAUGCACAUUAACGAAGUCAAUGUGCAUUCAUUUAUCAGCAAGCUACAUGCAGGAUAUGUGGCCUUGUAGGUAAGACAUUUUGUCAUGUAUGAAACUGGCUUUGGAGUUACUUUUUCUGCAGGAGUGAUAUUAUAGCCAUAGAGCAACAGACAUACCAACUUGAAGCUCACUGACCCAACUCCAUGAUAUAGGACAAACAGGGGCAACAAAUGCAUAAUUUUUUGAAGUUGGCUCAGUCUGAAAAAUCAGGAAUCUCAUCAUCACAGAUUUAUUGUAUCUUCAGCACGGGGUCAUUUUUUCCAUGCACCUCAAUAUAUAUUCAGACUCCUAUGGUGAAGUGAAUUGAAUGAGUCGUGUUGGAGAACUGACAUGUGGGUACUAUUAUGACCAGAGGUGAUGUGAAAGAUGUUUUGUAAGAUUCAAAGAGGGCAUUAGACUGCAAAAGUCAGAGUGACCUGGGUUACUAACAUCCAAAUCCAGUUCAUCCUGGCCUGGAAAUUGGGAAAAGGGUGCUUUUGUCAAGUGAAUCAAGAAAUGGGUGAUUCUUCAAGAGGAAAUUAAGUUAUAAUAAUUUUUGCAACAAUUCCGCAAAUAUAAGGAACUUGGGAUCUAGUUAGUAUUGCACAGGCAGACAUGAAUUUGGGACAUUUUAAGUGCUGGACUUCACAGCCUGAAUAACACUUAAUGAAGAGAAGAUGUUUCCCUACAUCGCAGUGAGCAACAAUGUGAUAACGUUAACACUUUCCCAGAUUAUCUAGUAUAGUCUCAAACUUUCCCCUGUCGAAUUAGAGCACUUGUCACAGAUAUACCCUGAAGCACUUUUUGUCCAUUUGAAUAGCUCUAACAUAUUGAUGCACUGUUUGUGUAUCUGAAGAGCUCUAAUCUCUCUCUAAUUCCUGCCCUUAAAGUCUUUCCCAUGUACACACAUCUCAUGAUACUGCCAGGGGCCCUUGUAAUACGUUGCUGCUCUUCGGUAGAAACAAUAUUAUCAGUUUGCCUUUUGGAUCCUGCAGCAGUUUUGCAUGCCCUUGUGUAGCUGACGGUUACUGUGAUCUGCUCUUUACAGUUGGCUGCUGCAUUUUUGCUUUCUUCGUGGGGCUGAUCUUUGUGCAACGCUCAGGCAACUACUUUGUCAACAUGUUUGAUGAUUACUCUGCAACGCUGCCACUCACCCUCGUAGUCAUCCUGGAAAACAUUGCGGUGGCUUGGAUUUACGGCACCAAGAAGUAAGCAUUUAUUUCCAGGAGGGUUAGCCUGUUCAUAUUCCUACAGGCUUGUCUGAAUUCCUAAGCAUUUGGCUUUGAAUGCUUCGCCCCUCUUACCUACCACUACAUGGGUUUCAUUGUUCUUGAAGCACUCAGGCUUCUUGAUGCUUCUUUGGACUUCUGGCCCCACCAGAGUUCCCAUCCAAAUCUCUCCAUCCAAAUCAAGGGGAAGUAAAGAGCAAGGAACCUUGUGCUUCAACCUCUGUUUGUUUGCUUUCUUCCUUUCUUCUUCCUAGAUUUAUGCAAGAAUUAACAGAGAUGCUGGGUUUCCGCCCUUACCGGUUUUACUUCUACACAUGGAAGUACAUCUCGCCCAUUUGCAUGGCUGGCCUGAUGACAGCCAGUGUGAUCCAGCUAGCUGUCAGUCCUCCAGGUUAUAAUGCCUGGAUCCGAGAAGAGGUGAGUUGGCAAAUAAAAGUGCAUCCCCCAAAGGCUACAAAUCCACAGGCUGUGUACCAGUUGGCAACCAACCCACAUACUAUACAGUGAAGCAACAGGGUCCUCGCUGCAAAUGGCUGUGAUCAUUUGUGCAAUUGUUAGGCCAGCAUCCACCUGGAGGACAGAGAGGCAUCUUCCUUAUACCAGAGUACCUUGCAUUUCCUCCUGCUUCCAGAGCUGUGGCCCCGGAGGUUGCAGAUACACCAUAAAACCCAACUAGCCAAUAGCCUGCUGGAGAUGAUUCCAGACAGAGCUGGCAUGGAUUUCUGAUCACCCUGCCAAGGAAUUGGGAGUGAGAGGCUAUCUUAGCCAUGUAGAGUGACAGCGGUUGAAAUCCCAGUGUUGCAAAUGCUCCCUUGCUUUUUAGGGUAGUCCAAGGUUAAGGAGCAGUAGUUCAAGGUAUGGAAUCUGAACAUUCAUGUAAACGUUUAUUUGUUCUGCAGGAAAAUUGUUGGUCCAGCUUUGUGUAACUAUGAGAAGCUACUGCCUCUUUAUUAGCAUUUUAUUUAAGUUGGGGUUGCCUCCUGCAAGAGCAAAAUGUUCUAAUGCAGUGUGCUCUUGAGAGAUUAACCCUUUGGCAGGUGUUUCAGGGUGUGUAUGCAGAAAAGGGAACAGGGGUGAGAAAGACCUUUUGGCAAAAAUCCUUUGCAUGUAUAAGAUUUUCCCCUUGCAGUACAUGCUGGCCCUUCUCUUGGAGAUGGGAAUACAUGCAGCAUACUUUACUUGCCUUGGUGCCACAGAAAUAGCAACUUGAUCACUUCAAGGACCUCACUUGUGUCGAGGCUGGCGAAUGCCAACUGCCAACUGUGUUUUCCCUUCUCUUCCAGGCAGCAGAGAAAUAUCUCUAUUACCCCAAAUGGGCAAUGGGCGUCCUUGUCUCACUGAUCAUCCUGGCCACCCUUCCUCUGCCGGUCGUCUUCAUCCUCCGCCAGUUUCACCUGGUGUCAGAUGGUUCCAAUGCUCUUUCUGUCACUUACAAGAAGGGGCGUAUAAUGAAGGACAUCUCCAACUUAGAAGACAAUGAUGAGACACGUUUCAUCUUGAGUAAAGUACCCAGUGAAACCCCUUCCCCAAUGCCUACACAUCGUUCUUAUCUAGGUCCAGGGAGCACAUCCCCAAUGGAGAUGAGCAGCGUUGCCAAUGGACGCUACAGUAGCGGGUACCUUACGGCUACCACUCCCGAAUCUGAACUGUGA